AUGGAUGAAAUUAGUAAAGUUAGAAGUUAUCUUCAUGACAUGUUCAAGAUCAAGGGUCUUGACUAUAGGAAACUUGCUGGGAAAUUGCUCUAUCUUACUAAUACUAGGCCAGAUAUUGUGUAUGUUGUGCAACAACUUUCUCAAUUCCUAUCGGCUCCUAGAAAGGAUCAUUUAACUAUUGCCCAUAGAUUCCUUCGAUAUCUGAAGGGUACUCCAGGACAAGAGUUAUUUUUUCCUGCAGAAAGUGAUAUGAAACUCAAGGUUUCCGGUGAUUCUGAUUGGGCUUCAUGUCCUGGCUCGAGAAGAUUUCUAACUGGUUUUCGUAUCUUUUUAGGCCCUGCACUUAUAUCGUGGAAAUCGAAGAAGCAACAAACGAUCUCUCGAUCAUCCAGCGAGGCAGAGUAUAGAGCAAUGGCUGCAAUUUUUACUUAA